AUGCAUCCCUCGUCGUUUCUCAUCCCCUACCUCGUGGCCGCCGUUAUGGCCAUGCCUCCGAUCGGCGAGGAGCCCGGCAACACUCCUCAACCUCAGUACGGUGUGAACCACCACGCUUCUCACCGGCCGCACGAGCAGAACCAGAAUGGUCGCCACGGGCUUGCGCAGUACGGCGAGGUGAAGCACAAGAUGAAGAACUUGAGGACCCCGAUCAGUGAAGGGGGCAUGGUGGGCGACAUGGGCGACAUCACUCUCCCGACCAACCCGAGACAGCCGUCGGAGAGGCCGGGCUCGCCCACCUCACGCCUGGCAGCCAGGGCCCACGAUGUCAUGGGACCCAAGUUCGGUGGCGGUGGAACCUCUGGCGAUGGCGGCGACGUCGAUACUGACGACCAGCCCAACCCUCGGUAUGGUGCCCACAGAAAUGCCCAUUCACGACUACCAGUCGGGGCUCGCGGUGGUACUUCUGGCGACGGCGGCGACGACUACACCGGUGACCAGCCUAACCGCAAGGGACACGGUGGAGAUUCAAGGAGACAUGGCGACAGGACAAGGACGUUUACCGCAUAG